AUGCCGCCGCCGAAACCAAAGAAGCUUACGGCGCAACCCGUCCGCACACGCCACUUCGCCGGAAAGCCCGCCGCUGCCGAAGUCGAAGAACGCGACAGUAGCGAUGAAUCCGAAUCAGAGCAGGAAGAGGAGAAACCGAAGCCGUUCGUGAAACCGAGACCAGCUCCUUUGGCCUCUUCGUUUCCUAAAUCUGCUCUCAAGUCACAAUUAGCCGCGCGGAAAAAGCCAGAGGAAGAUCUCAAGCAUCUGGAGGACGAGUUCGAAACGGAAAGUGAGGGAGAUGAGAAAGAGGAAGGUAUUGGGAGCGGUAGCGGCAGCGGUAGCGAAAGUGGCAGCUUGGAAGAUAGCUCAGAAGAGGAAUCAAGCAGCGAGGAAGAGGCGCCGAAGAAGCUGUUACGGCCUGUCUUUUUGAAGAAAGGCCAGCGCGACAAGGUAGCUGCACCUGUCAAGACAGCAGAAGAAGUGGCAGCAGAAGAGGAGCAGCGAAGGCAAGAGCAGACGAGGGCGCUCGUUCAGGAGCAGAUCGAGCAGCGCGCUGCGGCAAAGGCAGCGGGCAAGAAGGACUGGGAUGCUGAUGUGGAAGAGGCCGACAUCAAUGCUGUCGACGAUACCGACAACUUAGAUCCCGAAGCCGAAUACGCUGCCUGGAGAUUGCGCGAAUUUAAGCGCAUCAAGCGCGAGCGUCUUGCCAUCGAAGAAGCUGAAGCAGAACGCGCGGAGAUAGAACGGCGGCGGAACCUCACCGAGGCAGAACGCGACGCCGAGGACCGCGAGUUUCUCGAGAAACAGAAGGAAGAGCGCGGGGACCGAGGACAAAUGCAGUUUAUGCAGAAAUACUUUCACAAGGGUGCAUUUUUCCAAGAAGACCUCGCAGAGUUGGGGCUCGAUAAGCGAAAUCUCAUGGGCGCGAGGUUUGAGGACCAGACAGAUCGUCAAGUCCUGCCUGAGUACAUGCAGAUUCGCGAUAUGACAAAACUGGGCAAGAAGGGCAGGACGAGAUACAGGGACAUGAAGUCCGAGGACACGGGCAAAUGGGGCGACUUUGGCGAUACAAGAAGGCCGAGGGACAAUGGCGAGUACGGUGUGGAUGAGCGCUUCCGUUCAGACGGUUACGGUGGCAGAGACCGGGACGAAGGCGCAACAGGAGCGAACGCGCGACCACUAGGCGAGAGGAAACGGUUCGGCGAGGACACCAACCGAGAGAGCAAACGUCCAAGGGUUGACGACCGAGAUUGA